AUGCAGCAAUCUUUACGCGUGGAACUGCUAUUGAUCGUUUACGGUUUGAUUCUCGUUGUCUGGGGAAUCAAUGGACUGAACAUACCCGAGUGCAGUGGCCAGAAUGGAUUUAUCAACAAUACGCGACCCAAUUGCAAUUACUCCCUCAUCAAUUGCUCUGGCCAGAACUCGAUGUUCUGCACGGACAACACGACCUGCAAUGCCAACUUCACCUGUGGCGACAUAGUUCCGGUGGAUAAUUCAACAGCAUUACCCAUCAGCACGACUCCCAGUGUGGUAACCACAGCCGCCACAACUGUUUCACCUUCCGAUAUCCGACGAGAGUGCCGUCAGGGAGUUACCAAAAGAUUCAGCUAUCCGCAGAAUUGUAACUACUUCUACUACUGCGUUGAUGGCUUUCUGCUGGUGGAGCAAUGUCCUAUUGGCUACGCAUUCGAUCCCCAAACUGGAGCUUGUGGUGGACGCAUACGUAGCUCCAGCGAUUGUACUUUCAAGUGAACAUAAUCGCACAACACUUUUAAUUAAGCCUCUUGUCGUGUCAAAUUAAACAAUUAUAGCUAGAAAAUAAACUGAAUUUAGAGUCUUAUCAGAGAACAAGCAAGCCGCACA